UAUUUUGUUUAUAUUUAAUUCUGAUAAUGAAUUUGCGUUAAGACAAAGGGAAUAACCCUCAACAUGUCGAAUAAAUAUAAAUUGUGCAAUGAUAGAUGCAACUGCUAGUUGGAAAUUUGCAUUCAAGUGAAAAGUUUGGUGUUCCAAAGAUUUGUGAAGUUGAAAAAAAUUAACGGGCGAGUUUUAAAAUAAGAAAGAAUAAUCUAAGGAUAUGGAAAAAGGAAUGUAUAAAUAUGAUGAUGUCGUAUAUGGUGAAAUAUAUCUAUCUGAAGAAGAACAAGAAAUUGUACAAACACCACAGUUUCAACGCUUAAAAAAGUUGAAGCAGCUUGGACAUCUUAAGUUUAACAAUGGUCUGGAACACACGCACAAUCGCUUUAAUCACUGCAUUGGUACCUUUCAUGCCGCUAAGUUGAUGUUGGAUGCCUUGGAGAGAAACACACCCUGGUUAUUGGGAAAUAACAAUAAAAUUCCUUUGGUUUAUCGUAAGGCUGUACUGCUUGCUGCUCUUUUACAUGAUGUUGGCCACGGACCAUUUUCACAUUCAUGGGAACAUGUAGCUCAUAAUUAUGAACACGAAAAAAUUGGGUUUGCUUGUGUUGAUAAAAUAUUUGCGACCAUAAAAAAAACAUUUUUUCCAGAACUGAGGGAAAACGAUAAUUAUGGUGUUUGUCUUAUUAAGGCAUUAAUACAAGGAAAAAUCAAUAAACUUUCAUCAUUCAGUAUAGAAGUGCCGGAAAAAUACCAGUUUAUAUUUGAAAUUGUUAGCAAUGAACACCAAAAAAUUGAUGUCGACAAAUGGGACUAUUUGAAACGUGAUCAUUAUCAUUUAAAAGAUAUUUGCAGUCCCGAUAUGGAUUUCGAUGAUGUCUUCCUUCAAGCUAGCAUAUCACAAUGCGGUAAACAUAUUCAAUAUCGAUACGAAGACUAUGGAAGAAUAUAUAAGCUUUUUGCGGCACGUUGGCAAUUUCAUCGGAAAUGUUAUCUACUUCCCAACAAUGCAAUAUUGGAUGAUAUUCUUCGAAUAGCAGUUAAUGAAACAAAGGCGAAAAUCAAUGGCGUCAACAUUUGCGAAAUUAAUGCGGAAAAUAAUAUGGCAGCAUUUCUAGAACUGACUGAUGAAAAAGUUUUAGAAUUGAUAGAAAAACAUCCAUUGAGUAAAUUGUUAACUGGGCAAACGGAAUUCUGUCGACUUCAAGAUAAUGAAAAACUGAAAGAAUCUGGUCAAACGAAAAUCCAUAUACCCAGCGUGAUGUCAUAUCUAAACUGUGAUAAUUUUCAAUUUUCUGGUGAUCCAAAAGACAAGCCGGCAGUCACUGAUGAAACGGAAACAAUAGAGGAAGCCAUUAGUUUCUAUACUGAUGAAACCAAAAUCUUCUAUAAAAUCGAUAUUCUGGAACCUAAGCAAUAAACCAAAAAAAUACCUGAAUAUAUCGCAUACAUGCACUACUACAAAUAUAUAUAUAUAUAUUUUUUUUUAUUAUUUUAUGUUAUUUGUUUAUUAUUAUUUUAUUAUAUAUUACUUAUAUAUGUGAUUUUUGUAACACACACACACACACAUUUUGUUGAAAAACAAUUUGCAGUUUUUUUAUAUAUUACUUAUUUUCUAGAAAUAUGCAUAAACUUUAAUGUUUCUUAUUUCUUAGAAUACUUUUAUGUGUUACAUAAAUGUUAAUGUUUUUAUGUUUUUUUUUCUGUUACAUAAAUGUAUAACUUACAGUGAAAUUCCGAUCAAGGAA